AUGGUGAACCGUCGUUUGCCGGAGAGAGUGCUGUUUUCCGUGCCCGAUUCAGAGUGGUGCGAGCAGAGUGAUGGUCAACCUCUGGCCUGGCACGGGGUGUGGAAGCGGCAACGAAAGUUCCGGAUGCUAUCGGUAUUUCUCGCCUUUCAGGAUAUGGUCCACAUGACCGCCACUCCAUCAAAAAUGCCCGCUGAGACCAUCAAAGGUCAGCAGUUUGAGGUCUCGCCAAGAUACACUAAUCUUCAUUUCAUUGGAGAAGGCGCUUAUGGAAUGGUCGUGGCUGCGCUUGAUACUCAACGACAGGAGAAAGUUGCAAUCAAGAAAACGUCGCCAUUUGAACAUCAGACAUUUUGUCAGAGGACAUACAGGGAGUUGAAGAUCCUCUUGCGGUUUUCACAUGAGAAUAUCAUCGAUAUCAAGAACCUAUUACUCGUCGGCAGCUCCCUGGAGGAAAUGAAAGAUGUCUAUAUUGUUCAGACCUUGAUGGAUACCGAUUUAUACAAACUGCUGAAGUCCCAACGAAUAUCAAAAGAACACAUCUGCUACUUUUUAUACCAAGUGCUUCGAGGCCUCAAGUAUAUUCACUCUGCUAACGUUCUUCAUCGAGAUUUGAAGCCAUCCAACCUCCUAAUCAAUGCAAGCUGUGACCUCAAGAUUUGUGACUUCGGUUUGGCACGCGUCAACGAUCCAGAGCAUGACCACAAAGGUCUUCUCACCGAAUACGUGGCCACGCGUUGGUAUCGAGCCCCGGAGAUUAUGCUCAAUUCCAAAGGCUACACCAAGUCCAUCGAUAUCUGGUCUGUUGGAUGCAUUUUCGGUGAAAUGUUUAGCUGCAGACCGUUGUUCCCGGGAAAACACUACGUUGAUCAACUCACCCUUAUCCUCGGUGUUUUGGGUUACCCGAAGCGGGAAGAUCAAGCGUGGAUCGUCAACAGUAACGCUCGGCGUUUUGUCGAACGGUUCAAAAAUAGCUCUGGGAAACCGUGGAAGGAUGUGUACCCCAUGGCAGACGCCAAAGCAAUCGAUCUGCUAGAACGUCUUUUGGCCUUCAAUCCAGCCACUAGAAUCACCGUCGAAGAGGCGCUAGCACAUCCCUACUUGGAGUGCUACUACGACCCGACGGACGAACCUGUCGCCGAGAGACCGUUUUCCUUCGAAGCGGAAUUGGACGAUUUGCCAAUCGCACAGCUGAAGGAGAUGAUCUAUCAAGAAGUUAGCCAGUUUUCCGAACCAAAGUGAUACUGGACACCGGCUGAUUGCAUCAGUUCCCAGUUGAUAAUUUUGGCAACCCAAUUUUUUCUCAAUUUUUUAUCCCGAUCUCAGACAGAACAUAGAACAGCGUUUUGCUCAAGCAGACCUGAAGAUCUUGUUGUGAAUGUGGGUGAUCUUGUGUCAUGGUUCUGUGACAAGCUUCCAAUUUCCACAUCAGCAUUCCACACUCAAACACAAUCCCGCACACAUCACUAAUGUAUUUUUGGCUGAUGCUGUCAUCCGACCGAGCCUGAACUCAUGACAAAACCCCUUGUUGUCCCGGCUUCAGUGUUUGCGAACACCAGAGAUCUUGCCAGGUUCCUAUACCUCACUCGUACAUGCGCCAAGGUGUCCAGUCAUGUUGAUCUCGGUGCGCGUUGCCUUCCCUUCGGCCGUUAUAGAUGUGUCCCCCACUCCACACACACACCCUCUCUCUAUCUCUGCUGUGCUCGUUUGAUGUCCCAUUCUUUCCUCUCUUCUUGUUGUGCGUCUGAUGUGACGCAUUGGACCACCUGUCCAAUCAGUUAUCGCUUUUCGCAUCCACCUGAACUGUCUUCUCACCACCGGUCUUUCCGAUGUUUGUACAUUGAAUCUGCACAGAUUGACCCAACUAUUCACCCCAAUCACAUACUGUUCAUUAAGCGCCAGUGCCGACCCACCGUGUAUUUCUCCUCGGUCAUUUGACAAUUUUUAAUCCUACUAUUUUUGUUCACUCUAUUUUUUUGAUUCCAGCUCCUUAUCGUGAGAAACUGCUGGACCUCCAACAACAACAUUCACAGCUGAGGGCACCGUACUCUCUUCGCUCCUUCCUUCUUUCAAGGCACAUAGGCGUUAGUACUAACCUGACCUAACUUCGAGCAUAGAACUACGUUCCUCUACCGUUCGAAGUUUUGUUCUUUUUUCUCUCUCCUAAUCUCCUACUUUUUUGUGAACCAAUGCUAAAAACGCAGCCUAUUUUAUACCUAUUUCAAAAAGACUUUCGGAAAAUCGUG